AGAAGUCAUAAGUCUGGAGGUCCCCGUGUGUCGUCUGGGUCACAUCAACUGUGUACGCUGUCCACCACGGGGCCAGUCCGGUAGUCAUUGAUUUUAAGGUUGGUUCUGCUCGGAUCUCUUGAGACAGUCCGCAGCCCGUCAUGGCUUCAAUUUCUCUACCUCCACAGCCUCACGCUACUCCAGCGUUCUCUCAAUACCUUCCCUCGCCAGAUCGGUCCCCUCGCGGUCACAGCCGCCGCAAUCUGACCAUGUCUGCUCCGCUCCCAAACCCACACUUCAUCUUUCCGGCCAGAGACCCUGGUGAUGCGACGACUCCUCGGCCUUCGGAUGCUGGACCUCGGACAGCGGCACCGCUUCCGGCCUUCUCUUUCAAUCCGGGUUCUCAGCACUCAACACAACCAUCGAUGCCGACCUUCCCUUCCAAUAGACCUGGUGGACACCGUCGGCGAUGCAGCGAGUUUGUCGGUGGAGAACGCCCCGUCAUUCCCUCUGCGCCUGCGGAGCCCCGCCAGAGCACCGAAGAAAGUCUGGCGCCAUCCCCUGGCAAACUUCCUGCUCCGGGUCCUGGCUUCGGUGCAAGCAGCCAAGGAAAGCGUCGCCAUGCCCACCGGCGCUCUGCCGCUAUAUCCAGUGUUGAUCUCACGGCUAUCACGAAUGCGCUAGAUCUGAAGCCUGCCAUUGAGAGCGCUCCGUUAUUGCAGGGGGAUGCAACGCGCGAUUACCAUGCUUACGAUGAGCCUCCUCGACCAGCCUCUCAAUCCGCGGCCAUCCUGAAUCAACAAUCUCCCCCAGUAUCGCCCAAGAUUGUAAUUGAGACAGAUGACUCCCAAUAUAAUGGACCUGGCACUCCAAACAACGUUCUCGCGUCUGAACGCUCCUCUGCCGAAGUAUUCUCUAAAGACUUUGCAUCGACGCCUGCAUCGCAACCUGAUGUUGCCGCUAGAAAUAGUGGUUUUACCAGUUUUGCUCCUGCGGUCGAAUCACCAACCAAGGCGGAGAAGUCAAGGCCUAGGCCCCGCACUGCAGAUGCAUCUUUCAUGCUGGGUCAAGGCGGAACCGUUGGAACGGAUGCCACGAAACGGCCGCUAUCUGCUGCGGGACAUUCACGCAACAGGAAAAGCUUUUCUUCCGGCAUUCUUGAACACUUCGCAAGCUCGUCUAGACGCUCUUCCUCCUCGUCAAACAACUCGGAUGACAGCUCAGACACUUCGAUCAGCGAAACUAAUGACGUCUCCGAGUCUCCAAUUGAAGGCAAGAAGAAGUCGAAGUCCAAGAAGAGGCAGAAGAAAGUGCGGUCGUGGGCGGGCGCUAUCCUAACGAGGGGCAAGGGCAAACGCCAUUCGAAGAAGGAUAGAUGCGAAACCAAGUCCGGCAUCCCUCCUCCUGUGUUAACAAGAACAAACUCGGAUCUUGGCUCGGGCUUGGAAGUGGACUUUGACGAUGAUAACAUCGUCGUCAUACGGACACCCACCAAUCCUACUUCGCCAGGAUCUCAUCGUUUUCCCACGGAGGCAGACGAACAACCUACCCUGGAGACCUCCUGGAAGCCCCGGAGCUUCUAUGAACAGAAUACACACAGUGAUGCUCUCAGCCCGUUGAUCGACCUGGAUGCAGCUCUGGGCCCCUUCAAUACUCCUGACAUGCGGUCCGGUAAUAAUUCCGAGACUGGCUUUUCAGCAGCAACCAAGCGGAUGUAUAGCGGUGGCCGACGCGGUGAAUUUAUUGGUCCGGAAAUGCGCUACCAUCGUCGUGCUGAGAGUGCUCCUGAAAUGCCUCCGUUUGAUCGCAGCGCUCUUGGUACUAACCACCGGUUUGCCACCAGUUCGACACUGGAAAAUCCGGACGUUUUGUACGAAGAGGAAGAGGAUGCGUUUUUGGCCGCUUCGGGCGAGUCCCAGCAUAGUUCCGAAGACUCGGUAGCGUUGCCCAGCGAGAAUGAUGCAGAUAGUCUGUCGGAGAACAGCAAAGACAGCUCCGACACCCUGACCCAUCAGCCAGUUGCUCUUGAGGCCGGCGAAGCCGACUUGCCUCAGCUCCACGCUGGUCUCGGCAUACGGAAGGAUGAUUCUAUCGACAUACCGGAGUCUGCUGCUCCUGAUUUCGGCCAGGAGAAGCGCCAGUCCACCGAACAACGGACGUCCUUCUCUCAGCUGCAGAAUACAUCCAAUCCUUUCUCUGCCCCGUCGGACAGUCCCGCAGAGUUAAUCGAACCGGAAUGGCAACACCGAGUGCCUGUGCCUUCAAGUCCUGAUAUCUCGCCUCGAUUUAUGCCUGCCGACCACCGACCUGUCACCGCAUCUCUAGAACUUACACGAAACAUUCCUCCAUUGUCCCUCCACUGCAAUGGGUCUGUUCCUAACUCUGCCUUCCCGUCCCCCGACUUCACCAUCUCAUCCGACAUGCCCCGAUCCAUCACGACCUCAUCCACGACCGACCGUAACUUCUCGAACCCCUCCUACAACCCGUCCAUGGAGCUUCCUCAGGGAUCAGUUGAAGAUGUACCUUCGCUGACCAGCAGUGCCUCGACGACGAAUACUUUAAACCGGAUUUCGGGCACUUUCUUCACCCGACCUCGGCUGUCCACUGACCGCUCUGCGUCUUUCUCUGCGGCUGUCCGUCGUCGUACCAGCCAGGCCAACAGCUCCAAGAGAUCCAGCCUUGCGAGCCUCUCGAAACUGGUUGUUGGCCCACACGCGGAGAGAAGCAAGCUCAGCUACGAGGAGAAGCCACCUGAGGACGAGCCGGACAGGAGCAAGAAGAAGGGCCGUCGGCUUAGUCGCCUGAUGCACUUCUGGAGAACCAAGGAUAAAGACAAAUCUCAUGAACAUGGUGUUCGGGACCAGCGGCCUUCAUGAACCACGCUACCUUGAGAGGACAUCCCUUGUACAUACACAACCUGAUUUACGAUUCUCUUCGACAUGGUCUUUGCAAGAUCUUUUUGACCCUUUGUUCUUUUCACCCUUUUUUUUUUUUGCU